AAAUGCACUGAUAUUAAACUGUGGGGUAGGUGUGCUGUUGUGCAUCCUGUGUGUGUGGAACAGGCUCAGUGGAAGUGCGUUGUGAACUCUUCUAAAUAUCAGGAAUAUAAUGUGCCAUGCCAUCGAUUUUGGACUUGAGACCAGGUUCUAGCUGCUUCCUCGUGAAAGAGAGGUCACAGGUUGGAUGUCGUCUCCUCGGCCUCCAUCAGCGUCCUGCUGACAAGAAAUAUGUCUUUCUUUUCACCUUCCUCCUCCUCCUCCUCCUCCUCCAGUGAGUGUUUGUCUCAGUGCUGCCUUCCUGUGGCCGACACUCCUCACUGCAGGUGAGAACUCUGGGUCCUCCAUAUUAAUAACAUGGUAACAUCACCUUUUGUUUUUCUGCAUUGUGUGUGUUUAACUUGCUGGGCUGGACUGCGGCAACAUCAGUGAGUAGAAACAAUAUAUUUAUAUUGAAGCAUGACAUUUUCAGAUAAGAAUUUAUCUGUUUGGCAUCUUGUUAAAUCCAAUUAUUUUCUUCUACCUAAAAAAACUGACGAGACAUCAAGAUAAAUCUUACCUCAAAGUUCAGAGUUUCCUUAAUUUCCCACAUACAUUUCUAAAAAAAAUCUAUCAAAAUAUUGAGAUAACAGACGUACACUGUGUAGAAAGUGAGUUUGCUUCCACUCAAACCUUAAAUCUUAUAAUCUUAACAGGAAGUAAAAAGUGUCAUGAAGACUAAAGUUUUGUAAUCUUUGGCAGCAUUUAAAGCAAAUAGUAAUGAAUUUCAAGAGUGUUUUAUGGACUUUUACCAUCCAAACGAUACCUGAGAUGCCAGAAGAGAGCAAAAAAAAAAAAAGGUUAUAAGACUUAACCAUUUAGCAUUUUAACGUGAAUCUGUAACUUUACCUCUGCUUGCUCUCUCUGGUGGACAACACUAGCAAAAAAAAGUCAGUAAAAGCUCUUAAGAUUCCAGCAUUUUUGAUUGAUUAUGUGACACAGGAAAUACAAAGUGAUUUUGACUAGUCUGUCAGAACUGUUUGGUCCGAAUACACCUAAUAAUCGCAAAAAUGCAUAAUCAGAGAAAAUACAUUAAUCAGACGUCAGAAUAACCACUGUUACACAAUUGGAAAACAUUCAUCUGUAAAGCCAUUAAAUGACUAAAUAAACAAAUAUAAAGGAAUUGAAGUAACUAAACUAACUAACUAAAAUAACCUUUAAUCUCUCACUGAUUCAACAUGUGCUUAAAUCUCACUGUACAGUAGAAUAUAUGAUCAUCUUAGGCAGUUUAAACACUAAGAAAAGAACAUGAAUCUCUUGUGGAAUAUACAGAGUCCGCCUUUCAACAGAAAUGUCUUCACAUGAGGGAAUAAUGCAGGAAGCCUUUAAUGGAUCUUUCCUUCUGUAAGUGGAAAGUGCGUCAUCACUCCACAUGUGACUGGUGCUAAAGAAAGCAAAAUAUAUGAUGUGAGCAUAAUUGUGGAGUCAUUGUGGUUAAUUAAAGGCGUGCAUGAAGCGACAUGCAGCUACAUUUCAAAGUGCUGUGAAAAUCAACACUGAGUCAGGCUUGGCAAGAGAACGGGGAAAGUCAGCACAGGCUCAUGAAAACCACAAAGUGUCUUUGAUUAGUGUUGUGAAAUAUAAACUUUUAAAGAAUGUUUACUAUGUGCUGCCAAGUUGAAUAAAUAAAAACACUACUGAUCUUUGUAAUGAUGGAUGACUCACGGCUUUACAUGGGAAUAAAUCAAACUUUUAUUAGGACACGGGGAGGAUGGAAUUUCAAGACCAGCAAGAAAAAAAAUCUAAUCAUCGAGCAGGAUAGGACAUAGAGUGUACAUAUCACAAACUAGCUGAACAGAAAUGGCCCCCAAAAAAAGCACAAGAAAUACUUUAAAGCCCUAUAAUACUCCAGAAAAUAUCUAACUUUUGGACAGUCUGCCCUGAAAUCUCCCAGAGUUCCCUGACACAGGCAUUGUUCCUGUUGGUUGGGGGGGUGGGGGGGUUAAGUUUUUGCCUUAAUAUCAAUGCUGCAUGUAAUUGGACACACAUCAUUGGACAAUUAGACAUAUUCUGAGUUUCAUAUGAGUGGAAAAAACAAACUGGAAGGCAGGAAAGGGCAUGCAUGAAGGUCAAACUUGUCAGUAAAUCUGUGAAAAGGCUUUUAGAUAGACAUUGAGUUUAAAGGUACUUUUUAAAUCAUGCAGUUAUUUAGUGUGAAAUGUACCUUUAACCAGGAAAUCCUUCUGACUUUAGGAGUAUAGAUAGCUUCCAAAACUUGAGGUAGUUAAAAUGGGUUUAUUUUGGUUGUGUAGCCUUGUAAGAGAGAGGGACAUUUCUUGUCCAAUAGCUGAAUUUCACCUUCAGAAACACGAUUGAAAGAAAUCACUUAAUUUCAGAGAUGGUUGAAUGGGUGUCCUUCUCUUGCUACGACUAGUGAGGGUGAUCACAUUCCAAUCAUUUAGUCGACCAACCAUGGCACUUUCCAGCUCUGUGGGUAAACAAGGUCAAGUAGUUUUUUCCGAGUGUGGCAAAUGUUAACAGCGUAAGCACCACCAGCCUUUGUUCCUUCUUGCAGGUUAACGUCCACACACGUGCCUGUGCUGAACAUACUAGUACACAACUAAUUUAACCGACUAGUAAUUCUUGCGACAUCCCCAGAUAAAACCAAACUGAUUUUGUAAAGUGACCUAACUUUGAAAUGUAAAUCUCUUAUCGUGGUUCCUUCAAAGGGUAUUUACUGUGUAUAGGUCUGAGAGAGAAUGGGCCUUAUCAGUCUCUGGUGGAGUUUCCUCUCGGACAGGAAGGGGGCUUCCUCUGCUUCCUGUGCUGUAGUGUGUUACUUUGUGUGUGUGUCUGUGUGUGUUUGUGUGUGGCCCCAGGAGAGAUUGCAAAAGAACAAUCAGUGUAGAGAGAGAAAGAACAAGAGUGAAGCAGCCGACACAAAAUCUAUAAUAACUUGGACAGAGAGCGACGGAGACACUGGAGGGAACCAUGGAAAAAUCAUCUGAGAGACAGAUACAAAGACAACAAAAGACAAACUGACUCAAAAAAAUAAUAAUCAGGAAGACCAGGACCAGGAAGGCAAGUUCAGAGGAGGACUGAUGAACGAUGGAUUAUGAACCCAAGAAAGCCAAGAAGAGUUUUGUUUCUCCUAUUAAGCGUCUGGUCUGGUCAAAAUCUGCUCGCAGGCCGGUUGAUCGAGGCAGUGUGUACCGUCGCCCGCUGCACACUGUUCCUCUUUACCCUCCUGACUACCUCAUCCACCCUGAGAGACUCAUCUUCGACUACAUAGAGAAGGAGGUCAAGUUCCUUGGCCACCUGACAUGGGUGUCAGUGUCAUUAAACCCCUCCAGCCGAGACGAGCUACUACAACUACUGGACACAGCAAGGCAGUUGAAGGUGCUGCCGUUGAAGACCAGCGUGGAUCAGGACUGUAUCCUGAGUUUAUCCGCUCGCUGUCUGCUGCUGACAUGGAGAGACAACGAGAAGCUGCUGGUGAGGAUUCCCACGCAUGAGAUUGCCGCUGCCUCCUACCUGAGAGAUGACGCGCUGCACCUGCUGGUCCUGAAGACAGGUCUGAACGUUGAUACAGUUGUCGCAGGUGACGACAGCCUGGACAGGAAAAAAACAACAGGCGUAGAUGGUCGACGUCAAACCAUGAGUAAUGCUGACCCCCGGCCUGCAGGGGGCACAAUGGAGCGAAGACACACCAUCUGUGGAGUGGACUGGAGGCCGUCCCUGUCCAGGAGUAACCACGACAAAAACCAGAAUGUGGAUAGAGGUGGAGUGGGAGUGGGAGUGGGAGUGGGAGCAGGAGGAGGUGGAGGUGGAGAGAGAGCAGGAGGAGGGAGUCUGGAGAGGAAGAGAGUGGGAGGGAGCUGGGAGAGGAGGCAGCAAACACGUAAAACAGGAGGAAGCUGGGAGAACCGCAGAGCGAGACCCAUGAGUGGGAGCUGGGGAGUGGGAGUAGGAGUAGGAGGAGGUGCCGGAGGCAGUUGGGAAAAGAGGCAUGGUGGAGGUGGAGGAGGUAGCUGGGAGAGGAGGGGAGGUGGUGGAGGAGGAGGCGGCGGGGGGAGUUGGGAGCGGCGGCAAGCCUGCACAGGAAGUUGGGAACGGGGGAAGAGUUAUGGCAGUUGGGAGAGGAGGAACCACAAUCCACUGGAACCAACGCCCUGCCCGGACGCCUACUGCAACCUGGUCAUCCUGGCUGUGGAGAACAAGGAGGCCGCAGAGGAGUACUGCUCUCUGAUCUGUCAGAUGUUCCAGAUCAUUUACGGCCAUCAGACCAUUGAGUGUGUGGACAGAGCAGGGUUUCACCACACCAUGCCCGACCGCUUUUGGCUGCAGAGAAGUGACAGCUGUCUGACUGACAUGUCCUACAGUUAUGAUCCAGACUUUAGCUGCUGCAGCUCAUAUGAUGGUUCCCAGGAUGCCUUUGAGCUCUACUACAGUGAGACGUACAGUGAGAGUUCAUCUCUCUCUCUGCAGGACUCCCAUCGCAGUCUGGCUUCAGUCAGCGACGGAGGAGACAGUAACCCUGCUCUGCUGCUGAUGCAGGAGUACAUGAUAACACUGCGUAACAAGCUGAAUCCGGUGGAGUUGCAGCACUUUGCCGUGUUGCUGAGAGAAUAUAGAUUGGGAUCAAACAUCGACUACUUCUGCUCUGAGUUGCUGCAACUGUACGGAGACAACCGCAAGUUCCUGCUGAUGGGUAUGCGCCCGUUCAUCCCUGAUAAGGACGUCGGGGUGUUUGAGGGUUUCCUGGAGAGCAUUGGGAUCCGGGAGGGCGGGAUUUUAACCGACAGCUUUGGACGAAUCAAACGCAGCAUGAGCAGCACGUCGGCCACGGCCAUGAGAGGCAGGUAUGACCACAGCUCGAUGGCGUCGGGAUCUCAGGAAUUCAACCGACGCAUCACAGACAUCACCCACGACAUCCAGGCGCUCGGCUUCCAGGACACACACGGUGACAUCGAGGAGGAAGACUACUACCUCUGAUGGAGGGAUGAAGGGGAAACACAGACACAGUGUGACACAGUGUUUGAACUUUCUGUGUGACCGAGUUCUCUCCUUCGACAGAGAAAUAAACUGUAAAUAAGU